AUGUCGAACCGCCCUUCGACGUUUCGAUACUUGGUUCCGAAGCUCGACCAGGCUGAAUCUCGACCAACGGACCCACCGCCUCUGCAACCGACGCCAUCAUCUUGUCUCAAGGUCCCCCACACGCUUGUCGCGUGCGAUGCUUGUCGGAAAAGGAAAGUCAAGUGCGACGGCGCGAAACCGAAAUGCUCGGCGUGCGUUUCCCGUCGACAGCAAUGCCUUUACCGUACCGAUCUCCGGGUGGAGAUGACGGAGCUUCGAAACAUAGCUCAGGACCAUAACCGCGUUCUGGAGUUGCUAAGGACUGCUCCCCCAGAGACGGUCGUGGCCUUGCUGCGACAUCUGAGAGGCACCGAGUCUGCCUCGGCCACGGACGACGUGAUACAACCUACCUUGGUGCCCGCCCAUCCACAUUUACAUCUCGACUUGCACUUCCGAUACCCCAAUGCUUUCCCUUCGCUGCACCCGCUCGAAAUUGAAAAGUUUGAUCUGCGUCUUAUCGAUGGUAGCCAGCAAUCGUCCGGUUUUUCGCGUCCGCGGAAGCGUCUGCGCGGCGCCGACGACUUUCAAGGGGCGUGUUCGAGGGAAGAACAGUUACGAUUGGGUAAUGCCGGCUCUGCAUCUACUCGAGGAGAACCUCAUCCUGCGUCCCGCCCGAUAGCUAGUGGCCCUGCCCACUACGUCGAUUCCAGAUUGCAAAGCCUCAACAUUCGGAGGUGGACUUCAGUCCUCAUAUCGAAUUCGUUCGCUGCCAGGGCGAUUUCCUUUUAUCUGAGCAAUGAGCACCCGGUUCUUGCUGUCUUUGAAGCCGACUUGUUUCUGCGGGACCUUGUCCUGGGAAAGGGCCGUUUCUGUUCGCCGUUACUCGUCAGCGCUCUACUCGCUUGGUCUUGCGCAACCUACGGACAGUUCAACCCAGAUGCGAAGGCAAUGUCGGUCCUGUUUCUCGAAGAGGCAAAGCUCCGCUGGAUUGCAAACCAGAACCAGCCUCCAGAUGUAACAGCUGUGUCGGCAGCCAUACUUUUGGUCCUUGCAUGCAACCAUCAUGGAAUGGACCGUGUAGGCUUGCUGUAUCUCGAUAGCAGCGCCGAGAUGGGUCUACGGCUGGGUCUCUUUGACCGAGAGGGUGGUGAACCGCCCCUUGAUCGGUUCGAGGACGAGGAAAUGAGAGCCGCGGCCGCGUUUGCUGCCUGGGGUGCGUUUGGGUGGCACACACUGCACUGUAUAUACUUUCGACGAAAGCACCGACUAAAACAUGCACCGUCACUGCCGAUUCCGGGAGAAGGCGACGGCUUGACGUUGGCCCAUUACAUGGGAACCACCUUCACCUGGUUAUCCAAGUUUUGGCGAAUCGUCCACGACGCCUUCCGGGACGGGUACGAAUCCUACGUGCAAUCUCCCUUGCACAACGCCGAAGCGGCGUACAUGAAUUUGUUGGAGUGGUCUCGAGACUUGCCGGAAAGCGUCGCGCGAGGCCCCUCGUGUGCACAUCACGUCCUCAUUAUGCACAUAUGGUACCAGACCGCAAUCAUGGACAUUUGGCGGCCGUUUCUGAGCGCCGGCCGCCAGGCCGGGUUGCGGAAUUUCCUCCUUUCGGAAGACAACAGCCCAGCAGCCGCGUACCACGCCUCGGUCCGUCAGCUCAAGCGAUUGGUGUACCAGUACAGGACGCGGUUCGAGACAACCAACCUCACCAUGCUGGUCACUCCCGGCUUCCUGUAUCUCGUGAACGAGGUCUUCCGCGACAGCUCCUGCCCGGAUGCGCAGAUUUACUUUAUCCUGUCCGUUCGGGGCUGCCUCUCCAUCCAACCCUGGUGUCCGGGGCUGAGCGGCAUAGCCAAGGCUUUCAUGAGUUUCGCGUGGCGCAUUGACCUGUUCUGCAAGCCGGGAUGGACGUCCGGGCUGAUUGAAAACAUCCGCCAGACGAUCGAGGAGCAGGACGAGCACGCGACAUAUAGCAGCCUCUACCCCAUCGAUCUGCGCGUAGGCCACGAUGGCGUGGAGCACGGAAACAUGGAGGUGCUGGCGAACGAAUUCCGAAGGGUGGCAACCGAGCUGAAUCACCGUCACAAGGACGCGGUCCAGGGGGUGGAAAGCGAAGCGGCCUGGAAGGGGGAUCCUCGAGACUUGAGCCUGACCCUGAGUGUAAGCUACGAAGAGGAAGCCACCGCCUUUACCGACAUGACGCAGGGGUAA